UCACUCUCGCAUCCAUCUUCCUCCAAACUCACCGAUGGCAGCUUAAAACCCUAAAUUUUUAUUUUUUUUACAAUUUUUUUCAGGUUGAAAAUGGCGGCUACCAGUUUGAGCUUCAAUCUAGUGGGCGCUUUCAGGGGUCUCUCGGUGUCCUCAAGCUCAUCUUCAUCCAUUUUCAAGGGUGAUGGAAGUUCAAUCUGCCUGGAUCCCAGAACGAAAAGCGUUUCGUUUCCGCUGGAGUCGUCGAUUUCGCUGACGAUUGAAGCAGCGCAUAAGAAGGGAGGCGGGAGUACCAAAAAUGGUCGCGAUUCUAGAGGCCAACGUCUCGGGGUCAAGAUCUUUGGUGACCAGGUGGCCAAGCCUGGUGCUAUCAUUGUUAGGCAGCGAGGAACCAAGGUAAGCUUCAAUUUCUUUAAUUUUUUUUGGGUUUUUUGCUAUUUUAACCAUAUGUUGACUGUUGACAAAGCAAUUAGAUUGAAUUAAAAGUCUGUAUUUUGAUUAUUGGGGAAUGAUUUUUAUUGGAAAAGCAAUAGAAGUGGGUAGAAAGGGCUUGCAAAAUUUAAAUCUCUCCUAGAAUUAGUUGUUUUUCACCAUUUUAUGCACAAGUAAUGAGAGAAAUCAACACUAGAUAGGAUGGGAAAACUGUGUUAAAUGGAAUUGUAUUUCAGUUGUUGAUAAAACAAUGUGCUGGAAGGAGAAGGUUAGAAAAUAUUAUUGCUUUCUUCAGAUUUUUAGAGGUCAUCGAAUCAUAUCUCUUAGAACUGGUUAAUUCCAAAUAUUGCUUGGAAGCAGGAACUAAUGGAUUGUGUUGUGUGUCUUAAAGUUUGAAACUUAUGAUUUGGGCUGUAUUAAGGAGUUCCAUGGUUUGUUCUAUGUUUAAAAAUGCAUUUGGUUUCAAUUCAGACUAGAUGGAUGACCUAACUUAUUUUAUAAUACGAUAUGUUGUGUGGAUCAAUUGAUAUUCCUGUUUAACCACAGCUUGGUGAGGGCUGGUGAGAUCUGAAGCAUCUUUGAUAAUAGUGAUGCUGCUUGGAAAGCAUAAUCAAGCAGCUGGUACUAUAAUUAAGAGGAUUCUAUUUCAAGUAGAGAAGACAACCAAGCUAUGAAGACUUGGUUUCAAGUGAUAAUGUCAUUAAUCUGCUUCAGUUAAAUACCUUGACAAGUGUGGUUCUAUCACGAUUGAAGGGGUGAAAAGUCCAAAAACGGUAGGUUUGAUUUGUAUUUAGGGCUUUAGUGAUUGGUUCAUUGAUAAAUUAAGUUUUUUGUCACCUACAGAAGCCUGGUUCUUAAAAGGAAAAAGGGUCAGAGAGGCAGAUUAAUUAACUUCCCUAACAGUAAUGUUUACUGCAUUCACUACUUUAUCUCCUGUAACCCUAGCUUCAGUAGUUUGUUCACUGCAUUGGAUAGUGUAUUUGAAUUCAAUGAUGUUUCAGGUAACAACUCAUCAUUACCUCUUUGUCUUUGUCUGCUCUCUUAUUCUCUGUAUGUUUUCUUUGUCCUUUUCUUUUCUUCUUUGCUAGUUUCAUCCAGGAAAAAAUGUGGGCCUUGGGAAGGACUACACCAUCUUUUCCUUGAUUGAUGGUCUUGUGAAAUUUGAGAAGUUUGGACCCGACAAGAAGAAGGUAAGUGUUUAUCCCCAAGAGCUACAACCCGAGAACCCCAACAGCUACAGAGCAAGGAAGAGAGAAUACUUCAGUAUGCAGAGAGAACGUAAGAAGGCAAGAAACGAAGGAAUUGUUGCUCAACCAGAACUAGUACUUGCAGAUGCUACAGAUGAGAGUCCCAUUUGCUAAUUCGAAAAACAGAUCAUCUGCUUGAUUCUUUUAUUGACAUUGUCAGUUGAAUAUUUUUUUGUUGCAAUUGUACACACUUUGAUAUCAAGCUAGCCAAUUCUAGUUUCCGUGCGCUACUUUGACUUUAUCCUCUCAUCAAGUGAAUAAAUCGGUUCUCAUGUU